AAGAAUUACAUGUUGUUUUAAUUACCGGUAUAAAUUAAAUAUGCUUCUACAUAUCAUUCCAAUUCUAUUAUAUGUCGGUCCUACAUUUGGUUUCAUACAGCAAUUGCCCUCACCAAAUAUACUUUUAUUAUUGACCGAUGAUCAGGACGUGGAGUUGCAUGGCAUGUAUCCACUUCAGCAAACUACAAAAAUUCUCAGCGAGUUUGGCACUAAGUUUACUAAUGCAUAUACAAAUACACCACUUUGUUGUCCAGCGCGUGCGAGCCUGUUAACUGGGCAGUAUGCGCAUAACCAUAUGACUUUUAAUAAUUCGUUAAAUGGUGGUUGUAACGGGCAUCAGUGGCACACGAUUUUUGAGCCCCGUGCAUUGCCUGUGCUGUUACAGAAGCAUGGCUAUCAAACUUUCUUUGGUGGAAAGUAUUUGAAUCAGUUUAAAGGAGCUGAAGUUCCGCCCGGUUGGAAUGAAUUUUAUGGCCUUCACGGAAACUCGCGCUACUAUAACUAUACUCUACGUGAAAAUAAAAGAAAUGUGAGCUAUGCGAAUAUGUAUUUGACUGAUCUGUUAAGAGAUCGAGUGGUGCAAUUUAUUCAUAAUGUGAUCAGUGAACAUGACCAAAAGCCGUUCUUUGCAAUGAUUUCACCACCAGCCGCUCACGCGCCCUUCACUCCUGCACCGCGACAUAAAGGUGUAUAUUCUCAUGUGCGAGCAUUGCGUACUCCAAGCUUUAACACUCCCAGUAAAGAUAAACAUUGGCUGGUUCGAUCAGCUCAUCGAUUGCCAAAUUCAACGGUCGUAACAGUUGAUGAGUAUUUCCAGAAACGGUGGGAAACACUACUCGCCGUUGAUGAAAUGAUGGUGACCUUAGUGUCAUUGCUUAAAGAGAAGCAAUGCCUUGAUAAUACUUACAUCAUCUACACUUCCGAUAAUGGCUACCACUUGGGUCAAUUUGCACAGCCGUUCGAUAAACGACAACCCUAUCAGACUGACAUCAAGGUUCCCCUACUUAUUCGUGGACCAGACGUACCGGUCGGUCUUUUAAUGCACAUGCCUGUUAGCUUGCUAGAUAUAAUGCCAACCAUUUUGGAAUGGGCCGGCUUGUUGGUUCCCAAUUAUAUUGAUGGCCGCUCUUUUAGAUAUGAGUUGUUACAGAUGCACCAAAUGAAUCCACUAUCCCAACAGCGUGUUUUACUCAUUGAGUAUUGGGGUGAAGGAAACGAUGACACAUAUAAUCCAGCUUGCCCAGGGCAGCACACUGACCAUCUAGCGGAAUGUACACUCGAUGCAGAUUGUCAUUGUCAAGAUGCCUGGAACAAUACAUACACGUGUAUUAGAGAUUUUCGGUUUAAGCGCGAUCGCAUUUUUUGUGAAUUUAAGGAUACUGAGAAUUUUAUAGAAGCAUAUGACUUAAUCCAAGACCCCUAUCAAUUAAAAAAUAUCGGCUAUGAACUGCUUCCAAAUGAACGGGCUUUAUACGGACUUCUACUCAAAAACCUCACAAUAUGUGCAGGAAAAUCGUGCCAUAUUUGAUCAACCCCGUUAUACAUAUAAAUGUUACAAACCUGCGCUUGCGGAUCUAAAUCUUGCAUAAUUUAUACAUACAAUUAAACAUAUUCGGAUAAACCUAGUGCAACGCUCGUUCGAUCAUUCAAUAUACGAACAAUUUUGUGCGAGGUGAUCAUAGGGCUCAUGUGUGUGUAGAACGACUGUGUUGCUGUUAGUGUUCCCAUGCGUUCCGGUGGGGCAAAGUACUAAUCCUAUAGGCUAGUUUUGCUUUAAUAAUAUUUAUGUAUAUAGCUUUAGUUUGUUUUAAGCAAUAAACACACGACCAUUUCUAUAAUUUGUAUCGAGUGUUAAGAAAAUAAAAAAAUAAUACAAUGAAAAUCAACGUUUCGACAAGAAUCGAACCGCCACUUCAUGAUUUAAAAAAAACCUCCCUUCACUGCUGACAAUUCAAAGCCUUGGAUUCUUCGAGUGGAAGCGUAUGCUUGGCGCUGCUUGUCACGUGAAUUUGCAAAUUGACCAAGGUUUUGUUUAAUAAUUUUGGUUUAAUUUAAUGGAUUUUAAUGAAGUUUUUAGCAUAUUGUCUAUGUAUUGUAUGGGAGUAAUUGUCAGCUUAGUAAAAAUGCAAACUACUUCACAUAUUGGCCCUAUUUCAAAGCCGGUAUCCAAAAUAUAACAAAAUUCAAAAUUGUAGAAAAUAUACAUAAAAAAAUACAAAAUUUAGAAGCUUAUAUUAUAAUAAAAUUACACACACUCUACUGUAUGACAAGAGCUACACUAGCUAUACAGACUGCUCUGCACUAUUAAAAAUACGCGUUUUAUUAAAAUAUUUUUAUAUUCAACAUGAUAACCUCUGUCCAGG